UGUUUCCUUUAGGGUAGUUUGAUCCAUGGGAGGCCGCGGCAGCAGGCCACGCAAAGCGCCCCAUGAGCAAAAGAUUCGUUCUGAGCAAGCAGAACUGCAGGAAGAAGAUAAAGAAUACAAAGUGGGACGGCGGUACAAAGUCGCCCGGCCACUGGACCUUUGGAGUGGCGAGAAUUUGGAUGGCACGCGCCACGGAGUUCUAGUUCCUGACAAGGAUGUGGUCCUCUUGGUGGGCAUCUUGGGGCAAUCAGAAGGGACCUCAUUGACUACAAGCGGUGCAGACGUGGCUUACAGAAUGACAGGUUUCAACCGCGGCUUGGUGAUUCCACAGCCGGCGGAAGGACAACACGCAGGGUGGAUCUCUUUGGAGGAUCCUUACCUUUGAGACCUUGCUAUGGAACAGUUAAAGGCGCUUGCAUGCUGUUUGGAUGCGCAUCACGAAGAAAUCUGGCAACUAGAUGGAUCUUGCCGCUUGUGCUGCUUCGGGUCCAGAUUGGCGCUGAUUUGCUGC